AUGAGCAAGUUUUUUGUGCUGGUUGCCUUUGUGGGCAUGGUUAGUGCUGGACGCAUUCAACAACGUGAAUCUCAGCGUGACAUAAACACUGCUGGUAAGCGCGUUGAGCGCAUGUCCUGGCAAGAUUUGGUUAGGCAAAAGUUUCUACUCGACAUUGUGCAUCGUGUGCAGGAGCCAUUGCAGCAAGAGGAUCUCAUACAGCUAGACCAGGGUCUAAUUACGGAUGAAAAUCGUUACCGAUUUGGCAUUGAUGGAGAGAUAGAGCUUAUCAUCGAUUUGGAUCGGCAGCGUCGUCUGCUGAAUCAACAUCAGGUCUACAAUAUACGCAACGAGGAUCAUGUCCUGCAACUUCGGGGCAUCAUUCGCAUCCUGGCUUCCUCCAAGGACUUUGAGACACUGCAACGCAAUGCCAUCUAUCUGAGACGCAACAUAAAUCCAGUUCUCUUUGUCCAUGGACUAAGUCUAGCUAUUCGAAAUCACCCGGACACUCAAGAGUUGAUCAUGCCUGGCAUGCAGGAGAUAUUGCCGGACCUGUACCUCGAUCAGGAGAUGAUGCAACGUAUCCAGCGAGUGCAACUGGAGCACAGGGCACUUCCCUCUGUCAUGUCUUUGGUGGGGCGAGUCAAGAGCUCGCGAGGAGUCAAUCCCCUGAUGGAUACAAUAAUACCCAGCCGAUUGGCAUUGAAAGCACAACAGAUUCGUGAGAAUACGGAGCGUAUUGUGUUGCCGAUGCCAACUGAGAAUCAGGGCAUUUCUCUGCUAACUGAGGACAUUGACAUGCGCAUCUUUGUGCAGAAUCUGGUCAGUAAUUUGGCUCUGAAUGAGGACACAACGGAAAAUCGCUUGAGGAAUCUGCAGAGAAUGGGAAAUAUCAACGACAUGGAGUUGGAGAUGGAACAGCGCCGUCGGCAACAAGAGAACGUUGAGGAUAACAUGGAUCGCAAUCAGCGAGAUCGUUUCGCGGGUGCACUGCGUCGCAAAGAAAUCAACAACGAGCAGAGUCAAUCUAGAGCACAAAACUCUGGUCGUCGUCCCUCUCUGGAGAACAUUGGACGGAUGACAAGUCGUAUCACUGAUGGCGAUGAUCUUUUACCCACCGUGGAUAUUAAGGACGAUCGCCUGUUGCAUGUGGGACGUCGUCGCCAGAACUUGAACAGCAGCGGAAGCCAAGAGAAGCAGCUGGAGACACGUCUAAGAGAAGGACGUCAAAACAUGUGGAACAUGAAUGAUAAUGUGGAAGACUUAAUCGACAAUCUGCCAACCAUUCGCCGGGACAACGAGCGUCUUGUGCAAAUCAAUAGACGCCGGCUGGAUCAGACAGCAGCGAAUAGGACUCCACGACGCAUGAUGAAGGAGGACACUAUGCAGCUGAUCAGCCGAGAACCGACCGAAGAAAUGCUGCGUCGCAAUCGACAGCGUGAGGAGCAAACAGAACUGGAGCGUUUCAUAUCAAUGAUAAGGGAGGAGCGUCUGGGUGAAGAACGGCGUGUUGACCAAUGGCAGCAGCGACAGGAUAAUGAUCAAGGAUGGAUUGAUAACUUGCAACAAUCGAUCGAUUACGAGCAAGUCACGCGGCGUAGUGAAGUUCUGGCACACACUCUUCGUCAACUGUUGGCCCGCUUGAACCAGGAACGCAUCUCCCUGCGCCUGGGCAAUGAGGAGAUGCAGCUGAUGGACAACUCUCGCCUAAUCCUGGCCAACCAAAAUCAGGCUCAACGCUAUGCUCUGCGUCUGAACGAGAUGCUGUUGGACUCACGUCGCAAUCGUGCUCUGCUCGAUCAGAUCAAUGCUAUCGAAGUUACUUUAAGGCAGGUAAUUGAUAAUUUGAUCCGUGAGAGGAACAGCCUUGUGACAGAUUCCGCCCUGAAUCCUCUGGAUGAAUCUCUUCGUUUGGAGCGUAUGAUUGGAGAGAUUCUAACCGGUCGCCUGGGUGACACUGGAAUCAUGCGCAUUCUGCGUGCGCAACUGCAGGACACCAACGUUAUGCAGAUGGAUUCUUUGGGACUUGGUGUCAGCCUGAACAAUCGCGUGCUGCAAUACACACUGCGUCGCAUUUUGGACGUGGUGGAUAAGCAGCGGGAGCAACAGCUGGGUGCUUACAGGCGGGAACAGCUGCACAUGCAGGGUGUCACCAUUAAUGAUAUGCGCGUCAGCAAACUGAGCACCUUCAUCGAGGAAGUCGACAUGGAUGUCAGCAGUCUGCUGGAGCAGCCCCAGAAAAUGCAGCUGGUUGUGAGUCAGCGUCGCCUCAAUAAUCUUCCCUUUACCAUUGACCUGGAUAUUCACUCGGAGCGUGAAGAGGAUGUCAUCAUUCGCAUGCUGCUGGGACCGCGUCAGGAUGCUGAGGGUCGGGAUCUGAGCUUGGAGCAGCGUCGCAAUGACUUUGUGCUUCUGGAUGCAAUUAAUACCCAACUGCAGUCGGGUAUCAAUCGCAUUCAGCAUCGAUCCACGUGCAUUGGCUGGACCACACGGAAUGUCACACCCUACAGCGAAAUCUAUCGCCGUGUGAUGACCACAAUGCGCGGCCAGCAGGAGCAAUUGAUAAGCGACGAGUUGGUUGCUCAAAACGGACGCUUCCCGCAGCGCCUUCUGUUGCCACGCGGUCGUCCUGAAGGGCUGCCCAUGCAACUCCUGGUAAUUGUUUCGCCCAUAGAGCGGCAGGAGCAUCGAAUGGUCCUAGACCGCACUGGUGGCCUUAUGAUAAGUCAGGCUUCCAUCGAAGACAAACGUCCGCUGGGAUUCCCCCUCGACCGUCGCAUUGACAACGAGCAGAAGUUUAUCCGCUUGUCCAAUGUGCAAUUGCAGGAUGUUGUUAUUGUUCACGAGAACUGAAAUAUAUUCUGAUGAGGACCGAUGAUCCUGUGACCAACCAAUUGACCAAUCGACCGCUUUUACAUUAUAAGCAGUUUUAUAUAUAUUUUUAUAAUUAAUUUUCAAAUAAAAAUAUGCAAUAGGCGCAUAAAUGCAUUUUAAAAUGUAA